UGGUGCUCUUUCACCAGUUUACAGUCGUGUGAUCGUUGCAACAUGGAGGACCUGUCAAUAACAAACACGCUUUCGUAAAGAUUUCGGAGUGUAAAAGUCUUUUAAGAAUGAGUGUGCCGUCUUCAGACGAAAUUAAACCAGAGGAUAUUCAUAAUCUAUUAGAACACUGUGUGAAAACCGCGCAUAAAGUGAAAGAUGGCGACAUUGAGGGUGAGUUCAUCAUGGAAAGAUGCCUUGUUUUAUUUUCAAAGGACUAUCGAUAUUCGGUAAUUAAAAAUUUUAGUGGUGAGCUGUGUGGUCAUUAUCCUAGUAAAGUUGUUUUUCUGGAGUACCAACUGUCAGAAGAUGAAAGAAACAAUAAGAAAAGAUACGACGAUGUUCAGAGUAUGUAUGAUAUUCCCAGAAUGCGAGAACUCAUCAAACAAGCUCGUUACGCGAGAUGUCGAUCUCGUUUUGCUGUGCCUGUCAUACUGUACGAGGGAAAGCAUAUUUGUCGUUCAGCCACACUGGCAAGUGGUGCAGAAAUGUUUGGACGCACUGGCCUAGAUUUCCUCUUUUCAGCUCCAGAUAGACCCCAAGAAGAGGCAGUAGACCGUGGAGGAGGCACAGGAGUGGAUACAUUUGACCGAUUUCGAGGUCAUGACAUUAAUUUACUAAAAACCAUGUCUAUCAAGUAUAUCUGUGAUCUCAUGGUGGAAAAGAAGAAAGUCAAGUUUGGAAUGAACAUCACCUCCUCAGAAAAGGUGGACAAGGAAAAUCGAUAUGCAGAUUUCUGUAUUUUGUCUAUACCUUAUCCAGGUUGUGAAUUUUUUAAAGAGUGGAAAGAUAAUUCAUAUUUUGGGGAAACAAUGAAAUUUGAUUGGAGCCAGGAUUAUGUUGAUGCUAACUUAGACGUUCCAGAUGAUUCAUUACUCAAUAAGAUUGGACUUGAUUGGAGAAAAUACAGGACCUGGGAUCUUAUUCAGCUGACACAGAAUUACAUGAAGCUGUUUAUCCACAUCUUGAGAGAGGGGGACACUGGAAUCCUUGUCCAUUGUAUCUCUGGGUGGGACCGCACUCCCAUGUUUAUCUCCCUACUACGCUUGUCUCUGUGGGCAGAUGGCGCUGCCCAUGCUACACUAUCUCCAGCAGAGAUUUUAUACCUCACUCUGGCUUAUGACUGGUAUCUUUUUGGACACAAUCUUCCUGACCGAGUGAACAAAGGUGAAGAGAUUCUAUUCUUCUGUUUCAAUUUCCUGACUUACAUUACAUCAGAAGAAUUUUCAGUCAAAUCAUCCAGUAAUCUCAGGAAAGUAAGCAGAACAGAUUCAGAGUGCAAUAUGGAUGGAGUAUUGUUAGAUACAGACCAUCGCCGCUUUAGUAUACGAGGCAGUAACACAAGUAUUAGUAGUCUAGGUAGCUGUAGUUUGGAGAAUGCUCCAGUUUUCUUCUCAACAAAUCCAGAGGAUGAUUCUCACUUAUCAAAUGGGAACCCCAGUGUCAGUAUCUCGGCUCGCUACUCUCCAGCUGCCAAUAGACUGACCAUGGAGACCUCCACCCUCCACAACAGUGUCCACUCCAAUUCCUCCUCCUCCUCUAGUCCAAUGGCAGUUCCCAACAGUCUCCGCAAAGUGGACACCACCAGAUCCACCUCUCCAGGAUGUGGAAGCUGGCAGGUGGUGUCUAGUUGUGGCAGCCUUAGGGGUUUGGUGUCUUCCCAUGAUUCACCACAUUCAGUAGGAUCCAGUGGCAGUUCAGGAAGGCUCAGCUCUUGCCAAGAAGCCAUAGAAUAUGUGGAAACUACAAGACAUAAAAAACUUGAUGCAGUGCGAAGGAUCUUCCAUAAUGCUUAUGUGAAUAAAAUAGCUGCAAAAUCUGGAGGAGCAGGAGGUAUUGUUAAUUUUCUGGACCAGUUUGCUGAGAAAGUGGGAAUAAGAACUGGCAGGACUACUGUUGUGUAGUACAGUGCUGUGUUGUCAGGACAAUUGUUGUGUAGCACAGUGCUGUGUUGGCAGGAUGUGUAACACAGUGAUGUGUUGGCAGGACUACUGUUGUGGAGCACAGUGCUGUGAAGCAUUGUUGUUAAGCACUGUGCUGUGUAGGCAGAACUACUGUAGUGAAGCACAGUGCUGUGUUGGCAGGACUACUGUUGUUAAGCACAGUGCUGUGUUGACAGGAUUAGUUUAUGUAGCACAAUACUCUCUAAAGCAGGACAACUUUAUUUUUUGUAGCCUAGUGCUCUGUUUGCAGGACUACUGUUGUUUAGCACUGUGCUGUGUUGACAGGACUACUGUUGUUUAGCACUGUGCUGUGUUGACAGGACUACUUCAUUGUAGCAAAAUGCCCUGUUGACAGGACUUCUUUAUUCAAACACAAUGCUCUAUUGAUAGGACUACUUUAUUGUAGCACAGACUUUGCUGUGUUCUGCAGGGCCUUUUAGACUUAAAGUCAAGGAUUAGAGUAGCAGACUGUAAGCCAGUUUUAAAUAUUUUUUUGAACCAGUGAGAGACUGAGAAUGGAUGUAACAUGUGAUAAUUUUAUGUGAUAUCAUUUUAUGUCUUUAAAAUUUCAUGACUUUAACAUUGCGUUUUAUGACUGGAUGUUAUAUAGAUUUUAUUUUCUUGAAUGUAUGUUUAAAUGAAAAUGUGGCAUAUGUUUUGAUGAUAUGAAAAUACAUUUUAUUGUUAAUGCAUAA